AUGACAGACAAAACAGAGCUAGAGAGGCUUGAAGUCAUGGUCAAGAUGUUGAUGGAUGAGAGAGAAGCGGAAAAGGCUGCCCGCGAGGCACAGGAAAAGAAGGAUACGCAGAUAGUACCCGUGAUGCACAUCCAGACAGAAGAUGUCAACCGCUACCUCUUGAAGUUCGUGGAAAUCGCCAACAAUCUGAAAUUAUAUAAUGUCCAAGACGACGCCAUAAGGGUAAGACUCUUUCCCUUUUCUUUGAUUGAUUCUGCUAAAGAGUUGUUUGAGUGUAUGCCCACAAAACGAGUCUCCACGUGGAAGGAUAUGGUGGCUGCCUUCCUCGACAAGUACUAUCCGUCAGGCACGAUUUUAAAGCUCAAGAGUGAGAUCUUCCGGUUUAUGCAAGGCCAUGACGAGCCCCUCCACGAGGCGUUUGCUCGUUUCAAAGCCCUCCUCCGCAAGUGUCCCAACCACGGCGCGAAUGGAGGAUUUUUGCGGAAGACAGGACUGGAUGCCAUGCCGGUCAUUGAAGAGUUUGCCACCAACAGCAUGGGGUGGUCGAAAGAGAGGCACAACUCGAGAAGGGUAGCAGCAAUAGAAAAGGCCGAAGAGAGCUCCUUUGCGAAAGAAUGGCCGAGCUCAAACCACCAAACCCGACACUCCUACCCUUCCUAUGGAAGAUGCCAACUACGUGCAACAAGGGCAGCCCCAACAGACCCUUAUAACAACAAUUAUCGCCCUAACCAGGGGGAUGGAUUUAAUGUGAGCAAUGGUGGAGUAGUUGAGCUUAUCAAAAAGGAGGAGAAGUAUGACCAAGGAAUUAUGAAGAUUUUGGAAAUGCUAGUGCAAGAUAGAAAGACCCAUGGCACCAAGAUUAGAGUCGUUGAAGCAAGCUUGAACAACCUCGAGCAAGGAAUAAGCACAAUUGCCACCGCCGUCUCGAAUAUUCAAACUCAAAUGGAUCAAGUCCACAAGAAGAUUGAGGAAGACAAGGCAAAGCGGUCUGCCACUGAAGAGGCAGAGGCGCCCGCCAAACAGGAACUCGUGCGGCACAACGGGAUUGUACUCCCCUUCCAGCCGAGUAAACAGUUCAAGCUUGAAGAGCAAUUCAAGCAUUUUCUAAAUAUGUUUUGUAAGGUCCAUACUAACAUCCCACUCGUUGAAUCGUUGCAAGAAAUACCUAGGUGUUCAAUUGGAGAAGGAAAAGUAAACAAGGCCCUUUGUGAUUUAGGUGCUAGCAUCAACCUCAUGCCGCUGAAAUACUACGAAAAGCUCAACAUCGGGCCUCUCAAGACGUCGGAUGUGAUCAUAAGAUAUUUUCUAGCCACAUGCAAAGCACUUAUUGAUGUAGGUAGAGGUGAGAUCACGAUUAGACACAAUUACAACCGCUCUACCUACAAGAUAGAGAGUGAAAUGUUUAAGUAUGAAGAGGCGCAACAAGCCAAAAUGGAGCGUGAAUGCAGGGUGGUCAUGAUGACCGAUACGUCUAUGCCUUUUAGGCCAUUAGAAGGGGAGGAUUCUUCUAACCCUUCUAUAUUUGUUGUCCAUACUCUCCCUCAAGAGAAGCCUAAGAAGAAGAAGAAGGACAAGAAGAAGCCACCAACUCUAGCCGGUCCCGAAGUCUAUGUGAUCAAGAACUAG